AACACAUUUGUCAUCACAAAAUAAUCGUCGGGUUUUCUGUAAAAUUGUAAUAAUUGCUGUGAUUAAAUUAAUUAGUGAGAAAGACUACUAACGGCGUAAAUUUUAUUCGUAUCAUUUAAACAAAAGUUAAACCAUGUGUGUUUUUUGUUAGAAAACGAUGUAAUUUUGAAUGUAAUCGGGAUGUCUGCAAAACCGACGAUUUACCAUGAAAAACAAGUUAAAGAACUGUGCGCGCUGCACGCACUUAACAAUUUAUUCCAGGUGCGCGGGACGUUUACGAAGAGCGAGCUGGACGGGAUCUGCAGCCGGCUGUCGCCGAACGUGUGGAUCAACCCGCACCGCUCCAUGCUGGGGCUGGGCAACUACGACAUCAACGUGAUCAUGGCGGCGCUGCAGCUGAAGGGCUGCGAGGCCGUGUGGUUCGACAAGAGGAAAGACCCAGGCUGCCUUGACCUAUCAAACAUCUGUGGGUUCAUUCUGAAUGUGCCCUCUGACUACAAGUUUGGCUUUGUGAUGCUGCCCCUGCGCCGUCGUCACUGGAUUGCCAUCCGUCAGAUCCAGGGGAACUUCUACAACUUGGACUCCAAGUUGGACGCACCACAGCUUAUUGGAAGAAGCAGUGAUCUCAUAGCCUACCUAAAGCAGCAAAUGGAGUGUAAAGAAAAGGAGCUCUUUGUGGUUGUAAGCAAGGAAGUAGAAGAAAAGCAGCUCUGGAUGAACCAGUUCACUGUCACCUCACCAACCCACAACCUCCCCCUCAACCACUGUGACAGCCCUGACAGUGUUUCAGAUACCAGUAAUCCGUACGAGUCUAGAAAUGAUAGUGUGGAGUGUCUUCAAAUACAUGAAGUGCGGAACUGUUCUUUGGCGGUUAAUGACUUUUAAAAGUGUACUUCUUUCCAUUAGACUGAUAGUGUCGACUGUGUGGUUCUGUGGGUGUUGGAGAUUGAACCAUAAAAAUUGAUUAAAUUGUUGUUUACUAUAUUAUUACCCUAUUUAUUUAAAGUUUUUCUGUUAUGGAAACUAUUUUAAAGCAUGUGUGUUUGUAUACACCUGAUAAGAGUAUGAUUAACAUCUGCUUUUUUUAUUUCUAAUGAAUGGGCUUUUAAAAUUUUGAGAAUUGGAGUUCUAUUUUUAAUGCUCAUCAUUUACCUAAAACUUUUAAUAAAUUUAACAAGGCGCACUUGAUGUUUGUAUUAACAAUUUGCUCUCUCAGUGUAGCAGUGAAAACAGUUUAAAAGGCAACUAAUUUUUAAGGUUUAAAUUUUAAACCUUACAUUUGCAAGUUUUAACUUGUUUGUUGCUGAUAUUAUUUGCAUACUUAUUUCUUUAGUAUGAAAGUCUAAAAUCAAUUGGUAUAACUUAACAGAUGAGUGAAACGCCUAAUGCCAUUGUGAACUAUGCCUUAUAAAUGGUAAUGUUGUAUGAUCUGUUUUAGAUCCAGUAGUGAAAAUUAUAAAUAUUUAUAAAUAAUUUAGUCGAAUUAUUGCAUAAUGUGUCUAUUUCUCAAGUUAUCAUGAAAAAUAUACUAAUAUUGUAAUUUGAAUCUUUUGGAUCGGAUUUUAAAACGAACAUAUAGCUUAUUGUAAAAAAGUUAUUUCGGCAGACGUCUAUCAUCUUGAAUAUAUACAAAUAUAACUAUACUGUCUUAGAUAUUCAAUACCAAUUAUAACCCGUAAGUAAGGGUCAAAAGUUGACGCUCGAUUACUAACAAUGCGGCGUUGGAUAACAUAUAUAUGAUGUAUAUCUGUGCGUUUCAAUAGGUAUAUAAAUAAAGUAUUUAAUUAAAAUGUGAUUCCAAGUCUACAACGAAGUAAAUAUCCUUGCUCCAUAGGUUAACGUUGACGUUGACACGAGGCGACAAAUAGUUUGAUAGACGUGUGAAGGAUACCCAGUGCCACAUUGUUACGUCUCCGUCUAAAAUUGUACGUGUAAUUAAGAAAACAUAUCCUCGUAUAUUAAUGAUGACCAUAUUGUAAAGUUAUUACUAUACUAUACUAUAACAGAUAGAAUGGAGACACGAGUUUUGGGCGCUUACAAUUUUAAUGUAUUUAUAUAUAACGAUCAAAAUAUUCUACAUUACCAAGAUCGGAUUACCAGCGAAGUAUCCUAGUGUAGAGUCACCAUCAAAUAUACAGUGACAGCCUAAGUGGCCUUUAUCGGAACACAUGCUUAUUUCCGUCACUAUCUAUUAGAUAUGCUAACUGUACAGUGUAAAAAUAUGGGUGGAUAGAACUUAUUAUACAAUAUAUAUGUCCUAUAUUUAGUUUUUGAUUCGCCAUAUAAGAGCUAUAGGGCAAGAAACAUACUUGGGUACCUAUGCAAGUAUCUUUUCUAGGUAUCUGCUCAGAAUUCGUGGCAAUACUUCUUUAUUUUCUGGAUUUAUAGUACUACUUAUAGUACGAAUAAUACGAUUUUUAUUGUUGUGUUAUUGUGUUGUGUUUAAUUUAUUUGUUUUGUACAAUUUUGUUGGGUUAGUUGUAAUAUAGGAACGAGUUAUUUGUUGCUGUGUUGGUUAAGUGGCUAUUAGCACAAGCCAGACGUUUCUGUCCAAGCUAUUCCGUAUGACAGAGAACCGAAGAAAAAAAAUGUGUCGCUUUCACUAGACAUUGUCGGUUGUUCUUAAAGGCGGUUUUAACUGCAUUAUUUAUUAUUUAUUUGGUAAUUUUUUGGACAACGAAGAUAUAUAGGUAUACCAUCGCCCACCUUCCAUCGUGAAGAUAUAUAGGUAUACCAUCGCCCACCUUCCAUCGUGAAGAUAUAUAGGUAUACCAUCGCCCACCUUCCAUCGUGAAGAUAUAUAGGUAUACCAUCGUGAACCUUAUGCCUUUUGUAAUAAGGUCCACCGAUAUACAGUCAGGAGUGUUGCUGUUUGUACCAACGUAUCUACAAAUGACAAGUUCCGUUCACAUAGUCAGUGUAUGUACUGACUUUGUAUGUAAAUUAUCUUUGUUUUAUUUUAACGUUAAAUGUGUUAGUGUACGAUAGACGGCCUAAAUUAAUGAUAUGGGGUUUAGAGGGUAUUUAGGACUUUAUCUAAAUAAGAUAAUGUACAAUCAGCACCACCAAUAUAGGAGUAUUUUAGUCAUCUUAUGACUAUUCAUAUUUUUGAAAACUUUUAUUAUUUUUUGACUUUGACUUAUUUGAUAGUGAUCCAAACUCAGGAUGGGGGUUAGUAUAUUGUCUUUUCUAACCUGUGCCAACAAUAUAUUCUUUAGUUUAAACCGCCCACACCCCUAGCACAGCUUCACCGCGAUACCAUCAUGUCGCGCGCGCUUGUGCUAGGCUGACACAACUCAUACGGAUCUCAACGAACAUUUUCUGUGAACUCCUAUAUUUGAUAAUGAUUGUAAAAGCGGCUUAAUUUUUAGCACUUUCAUUGAACCCAUUCAAAUUAAUUUUAUUUUCAAAUGGCAGUGAAAGUGUUAACAGUGCUGCGACAAUAAUGACUUAUUCAUGUCUUAAAUUAGGGAUAUUAUGAAUGAUAUUCAUUCGUCUUACCUUGCAAUCUAUCAGUAUAUAAUAAGUUUAGAGUUAAGAGCAUAGGGGCGCUGAAAAUGGGUACCUCCCAGUUGUUUUACAGUCUAGUGAAAACCUUAUACAAUAGAGUCUAAACUUGAACACCAAAGCUGCACUAUGGCGACCACUAGAUGGGUUAUUAUAUCUAAUUAAUGAUACUUAUACCUGGAAAAAAUUCCCUGUAUAAAAAUGACCUUGUAUAAAAUUUGAAGAUCCCGUGUCUCCUAAUUGUGACUAUACUAUCCGCAAACCAACGAGGUCAUAGCACUAUUUCUCUCCCUCUUGCAAUAACGACGUAAGCGUGAAUAUGAAGUUUUACGACCCCGGUCGUCAGUUUGGUUUGCGGAUAGUAUAAUAGAUGGCGCUCCUCUCUGUUCUACAUCGCGCUAUAGGUGUUAUCAAUACCACAGGCACUAUACAAUGUAUACGAACUGACCAUUAAUAUGCACUUUAUUACUACUGAGUAAGGUCUACUAUUGGUUGCCUUAGUACAUUUAUGGAUUCUAUGGCUCUAGCGCCUGUUUUACCAAGUUCACAAUUGACACGUUACACUGACAAUUUCCUGUACAUUUAUGGGUCGGUAAGCAACGACGGUACAAAGCGUGAAUAUUUAUAUGUUGUUAAUUGUGUGUUGUAAGUUGUGAAUUGUCAGUAUCAGGCGACAAUUGUCAGCUUGGUGCCAGAGUACUAAAGAGCGACUAGGAGUGUGUACUGUCUCUUCCGAAAAUCGUUUUUUCCAGAUUGCGAUUUUUGCCAUUCGCAAUUUUUACCACUUUAUUUUUUCUCAAUAGCUUAUAGAACAGAUAAGUAUAUAGAGUAACAUUAUUCUAGUAAUAGACUUAUAGUUUCCUAUAUGUAAACAAAUAUUUUAAUAAAAACUUAUUAUUACGUAUAAAUGACAUGCAUAUGUACUAGUAUGUGUGACGAGAUAUGCGAGGAAAUCUUAAUUUACGUGGUCAUACAGGUGUUUUUUAUUUUAAAGAAGAAAAAACUAAUUUUUUAAACAAUCUUAGUGAGCUGCUAAAUAUGUCUACGUUUUGGCACUUUACAUUGUACAACCUACAUGUGCGUUUAAUGUAUGAGUGCUGCGCAUGUUUAGUUCUGCUGCUUUUGAUACUAAAUAUAUUUUCCCAAUAAUUUUAUUUUCUAGUAGCUUAUUUUCCUAAUAGGUUUUCUAACCAUUCGCAUAAUUUGGAUAUGUAUUCUAAUUAUAAUAUACGACACACUAACUAAAAAAUAACUUCUUUUUGAAAAUCAAUAUCGUACAAUAAAAUAAGUCGGUAUCGUACAAGAAAAAGUAAAAUGGUAAAAAAUGCGAAUGGCAAAAAUAUCAAUCUGGAUAAACGAUUUUCGGAAGAGACAGUACACACUCGCGACUGGGAUCUGUCCGUUGCAAUAUGAACCUUAUGCGGUAAUGUCCAAGGCACAACACCAAAUGCGGCCGCACGGCUAGGUACAAGCAAUACAACCAAAUAAAUAGGAUAAUUUUAUGUAACACAAGUUUAUACGCACUCGUUGUAUCUACUCUUUUUGAGUUCGUUUUUGAUGGUUCAAGUAAACUGUAUUUUAUUCCUGAUCCAAAAUCACAUGAACGUUUUAAUCUACUUGUACUAUGCAUUGUAAAUAUAAGAUAUUUUCUUAUAAAAAUAGAAGGUGUGAUGACUAA